GGGUAAAGUAACAAAAAUCAUUUGAUAGAUUUAGUGUGAAACUUGAAGUGGUGUUAUUAAUUUGUGCGAUAUGACAGUUGGUACAUAUCUGUUGGUUUUUGGAUUUUUGAUUUGGUUGUAUUUUAUAUGGACGCGGCGAAGAUUUUAUAUGUUUGCUUUGAAGUUUCCCGGUCCUUGGGGAUUGCCAUUUGUUGGUAUUCUACAUAAAUUGGUUCCACAGAAAGAUGUUCUUUAUAGAUUGCCAAAAAUUGCAACCAACUACAAUUCAAAAUCAGCUUUCACAUGGAUUGGAACGGUUCCAUAUUUCUACACAUACGAUCCAAAUAUUAUCGAAAAGAUUCUUUCUUCUCGAAAUUGUACCGACAAAACCAGUGCUUUUGAGAUUUUGGAUAGAGAAAUUGGUCAAGGACUCCUCUCUAGUAAAACCCAACGUUGGACUAAACAUCGGAAGCUCUUAGGACCAACAUUUCAUCAUAAGGUCUUGCUAAAAUUCUUUCCAAUAUUUAAUAGUAAAUCAAAAGAAUUAUUAGAAAAGUUUAAUAGUUUUGUUGGUGGGGGAGAAUUCGAUUUGAAUGACUUGUUUCAAAGAUUCACAAUACAAACAGCAAUAGCUACAACCUUGGAUUUUGACAUAAGUGAAAAGAAUGAGAGGGAUGCAGAGUACAUUUCACAUGUACAAAACCAUUUAAGGAUUAGCAUUGAUCGCUCAUUGGCACCUUGGAGAAAGAUAAAUGCAAUUUUUUACUUCAAUAAAUUUUACAACUCAUAUGUUGCAUCAAGAAAAUAUAUUUACAGCUUUAUAACAGAUCUCAUUAAUGAAAAAUUCAAAAAAAUGGAAAGCCUUUAUUUGAACGAUUCGACUGAAGAUAAAGUGGACAUAACAAAAUCUCGAAAAAUAUUCAUCGACCAAGCUGUAGAACUUUAUCGGACAAAUUUAUUUUCAUGGAAGGAUGUUUUCAUUGAGUCAAAUGUAUUAGUUCUAGCUGCUUUCGAAACAUCAGCAUCUUCACUCUACACUGUAUUGAUGCUUCUUGCAAUGCACCCACAAUACCAGGAGAAACUUUACGAAGAACUAAAAUUAGUUUUUCCUGAUGGAACUGAUGAUGUUAACUUUGAGGAUCUGCAACAGCUUGUCUAUCUUGACAUGAUUAUCAAUGAGACUUUAAGAGUUGCAGCAACUAUUCCUCUAUUAGGACGUGAUGCUAACGGAGGCGAUGUUAAAAUAUCAGAAAACCUUUCGAUUCCACAGGGAACGUCAAUUUUAAUUGAUAUAUUCAAUCUACAUCGAGAUGAGGAUGUAUGGGGACCACAUGCAAAGGAAUUCAAUCCUGAUAACUUUUUGCCACAGAAUUUAGAUGGAAAGCAUGCUUAUGGGUUUAUACCAUUCUCUAAAGGGCCCAGAAAUUGUAUAGGCUGGCGCUAUGCGGAAAUGUUCCUCAAGGUUAUUCUAAGUAAAAUCAUAAGAAACUUCAAAGUGACGACUACAUCAAAGUUUGAGGACAUACGCUUUACGAUGAAUAUGUCUUUGAGAUGUGAGGUUAUGCCUCAAAUUGAAGUUCAUCGUCGGUGUGAUGUUAAUUCCAGAGAGUAAUUAUUUAUUUUUUAUUAUUAAUGUUGAAUACAAAGUAUGUAUAUGUAAAAACAUUUUAGGAUAAUCUAGUGGUAAUUAUUAUACUUAUACCUACAUAUAAAUACGAUUUAAGAUAUAUAUUAGAAUAAAUU